AUGACGGGAUUUUCAUACACUAAAAAGAUGGCCUUUUAUUCUCCAAAGAGGUGCAUUCUCCUUGCCUUUCUCUGUGCUGGUGUGACAUGUUUUCUUCAUGGAUGGUCCAAAUCAGUCCAGUUCUUCACCUUCAAUCCCAGCAGGGGAAAUGUGACUGUCCUGCUGUGGCACUGGCCUUUUGGUCGCUCAUCGAGUCUGAAGGGUGAUGUGUGCUGGGAUCUCUACCAAAUUCCUCGCUGUAAAUUGGUGGAUGAGCGCUCCCAUUUCCCCUCGGCUCAUGUCGUGGUGUUCCACAACAAAGAACUGGUACAGGGAAGGCAGAAGCUGCCCACUGAUCUUCCAAGGCCACCAUCCCAGAGGUGGGCAUGGAUGUCUCUGGAGUCCCCUCCUCAUAAUGGAAACCUGCAGAAGUUUGCCAAUAUCUUCAACAUGACUGUGUCCUACAGGAGGGAUGCUGAUGUCACUGUACCGUACGGUGAGCUGCUACCUGUGGAUCCUGAAGGACACCCGGUGGAAGGUAGUUUUGUGGACAAGAGCUCUUUGGUCUGUUGGAUAGUCAGCAGCUACAUGAGCCGCCACAAAAGAAGCCAAGUGUACAACAAGCUCAAAACCAUAGUUCCUGUCAAGGUUUACGGUCGCUGGAACAAGACGCCUCUCUCCUCCAAAGACCUCCUACCUACAAUCUCACGCUGCUACUUUUAUUUAGCUUUUGAGAACUCUGUAUCCAAAGAUUAUAUCACUGAGAAGCUGUGGAGAAAUGCUUACCAAGGUGGGGCUGUGCCCGUCGUACUGGGACCGCCGAUCAGGGACUACAAAGCCGUUGCUCCAAAUCAUUCCUUCAUCCACGUUGAUGAGUUUGCAUCAGUGAAAGAACUGGGAACUCACCUCCAACAGCUAGCAAAGGACAAGAAGCAGUACGCUGAAUACUUUGACUGGAAAUAUCACUGGAAGGUGAAAGUUUACACUGACUGGAGGGAAAGACUAUGUAAGAUCUGCCUAAUAUAUGACAGCUUACCUCAGCAUAAAGUUUACUCAGACCUACAAGGUUGGGUUGCAGCACUUUAA